UCAGAUCCCACUCCGGAACCAACGCGUUUGUUCCCACACGAGCUGCAAUACGUGGUGCACCGUCAAUGCUAAUGUUUUUGCAUUGUGGUGAUACCUCUGCUGCUCCUCGUUGUAGUUACCAAUGGUCUGACACAAGCUGGCAGAGAUGCCGUUCAAAGAUCUUCCCCGAGAGGCCCUGCUGCGGCCCCUGUCCCGGAAUGAGGUGGUGGGCAUGUUGUUGAGGUUGACCAUCUUUGGUGCAGCCACAUACUACAGCAUCAAAUGGGUUUUAGAUGCUAUGGAUCCUACUUCCAAACAGAAAAACCAAGCCAAGAAAAGGGCAGAGCAGUUGAUGAAGAGGAUAGGUGUGGAAGGAGUGAAACUAACAGAUUAUGAGAUGAACAUUGCAUCUCAACUAGUCGAUCCACAAACUAUGAAGGUGUCCUGGAGAGACAUAGCUGGUCUGGAUGAGGUUAUCAAUGAACUGCAAGACACUGUCAUCCUUCCCUUUCAGAAACGACACCUCUUAGCUCGAUCCAAACUCUUUCAGCCUCCUAAAGGAGUUUUACUAUUUGGUCCUCCCGGAUGUGGGAAGACCAUGAUCGCCAAGGCAACAGCCAAAGCUUCAGGGUGCAAGUUCAUCAACCUUCAGGCCUCCACCCUGACGGACAUGUGGUACGGCGAGUCACAGAAGCUCACUGCUGCUGUGUUUUCAUUGGCUGUCAAAAUCCAUCCCUGUAUCAUCUUCAUUGAUGAGAUCGAGUCCUUUCUCAGGAAUCGCUCCAGCCUCGACCAUGAGGCCACAGCCAUGAUGAAAGCACAAUUCAUGAGCCUGUGGGAUGGUCUGGACACAUCCUCAACCACCCAGGUAAUGGUGAUGGGAGCGACCAACAGGCCACAGGAUGUGGAUCCAGCCAUUCUGCGUAGGAUGCCCACCACUUUUCAUGUUGGUCUCCCGAACCCAAGACAAAGGCAAGACAUCCUUAGGCUGAUUUUAGCAGGAGAAAACUUGAGCAACGCCAUUAAUCUGAAGGAGAUUGCAGAGAGGACAGACGGCUACUCCGGCAGCGACCUGCGGGAGCUCUGCCGCGAUGCUGCCAUGUACCGGGUGCGGGACUACGUCCGCAAAGAGCAGAUGAGGCAGAUUGCUCAGCAGCCAGAGGAGGACGAGGAGGAUGAGGAGGAAAAACUUCUGGAUGAGGAGAGGUUGCGACCGGUCACCCAGCUGGACCUCCUCUUCGGCCUAGACAAGAUGAAGGAGUCUAAGCGGGCCACUGUCUUCAUGUUACCCAGCGCAGAGGAUGUUCCCCUGGACUGAACACCAACAAGGCACCACUGGCAUGAAAAUAUUAUCUUCUCAUUUUAUUCCAAAGUGUGUUCCAGCUCCCAGAGCAGAGACGACUCGAUCAUAUCUGAGGGGCUGUUGGGCAAAUUAACGGACAUCAAAGUCAUCUUUCUCAAACUUUAUUUAUUCCGACAGAGGUUGUUGUUCUGUGCUUGUUCAUUUUCAGCACAGCCUCAUCACGUGUACACUUACAACACAGACUCCUCCUAGUGACUCCUGAUAGCUCCGCUAGAGCAAUUCACUGUCACUUCUUGCUCCAGUGCACCAGGACAGUUUGUCUGGGAGAGGACAAGGCAUUUUACAUAAAGUUUAUGAAUCUCAUAAGUCAGGAGACGUUCAACGUUUGGACUCCAGAUCAGUGGAACCAUCCUUCAACGUUUGCUGAUUGAUUUUUAAGGGCAAUUGCAGUGUGCAUACCUCUGCCAAGGCUGAUUGGUCACUUUAUCUCCAUAUUGCAUGUUUUCAAAAUGUGAAAAAAUCCUGGAUCCACUCGUUUAUCCGAUCCAGCAUUUAAUGGCUUCUUCCUUGGGUCAUGCGCCAUCCCUCCACAAAAUGUCAUGAAAAAUUGCUGGUCAUUUUUUUUCUAUUUCUGCUGACAGAGACAAAAGUUAGACGGACAGAUAGACAGACAAAUUAAAAACAAGACUUAUUUUUUAGAGAUAACUAUCAAUCUGCCCAUUUAAAAUGAUUCAAGGACAUGAAUCAUUUAAAAACGAUAUUAUCCAAGCUCUUGAAAUGGUUCAGCUGAUCCCAAAGUCUCAUCACACAGUAGGCAAGUUUCAAAUGAGCCGGCGAAAAUGGACUUUCAGGAAGAUCACUAACCACUCAUUCAAGUAUUAAUCAAUAAUCAUGAUGAAUAUACUGGUCUCACUUUGAAAAGCACUCAGACUCCAUUUAUUUGCUGUCGUCUUCUUUAACUGAACCAGUUUUUUUCUUCAGGUUGAUUUACUGACACUGUUUGGACUUUUUUUAAGUUAUCAAAAAAUGUUAAUGUCAUCACUUUUCUUUCAAAUCUAAGCUAAAUAUAUAGCUGAGUUUUCUUUUUAGUUUGAUCACAUCUCUGCUUUUAAUGAGUUUCUGCUCCGGACUGCCUGUAGUCAUGAGGUCGACACUGCUGUGGAAGCUGUCAGGUCACAAUAUGAACACGAUGAAGAAGAGGAAGAGCAGAGUCAGGCAGCCAGGGGUGAAAUAUAACAGGUUGGCAGGAGCUGAGAUAAACACCACUACAUCCUUCCUCUGGGAAUUCGUCAGCUCAUAGUCGUUGUACAUGGUGGCAGGACUGCUUUAGUUCUAGGCAUAAAGUCAAACACCGCACUAUGUGUUUGGUCUAAACAGCCAAUAGCAAUGUAGCAUGAGUGCAGCUAUUUCCCAGAAGUGUAGACAACCACACAAACGUGUCGAGUAGUAAAAGUGUCAUCACUUAAAUAGAAACCACAGAUAUAAUGAUGCAAGCAUAGGGAAGCGAUACCACACGCACAUCUUUUUAUUAUGUUGAUCUUUAUCAUAAAUGGCUGUAAACCUAUACUUAGCUGUUCUCUCGUCUCACAGCUGUUCACAGGGGCAUCACCUGUGAAGAAGUGAGAGAGAAAUAUCGUGUUAAAGUUAAGCCCAAGACUUCGGAUGUAAAGUAAAGUUACCAAGUCUGCUGAAUAGUGUGGUUGUGUGUUAAAUGCCGCUUUGUAACUUCUUAGCUUCGCAUUUGUUUCCAUCCAAAAAGACAAAAGCUCUGACUUUUUUAGUGUCGCACUUACUGUGUCAUUAUUAUUAUUAGUGAGCUCCAGGGUUUUUUACUUUGAAUGUGUUGAUUAAGGGCUUUUCAUGUGAUAUUUUAAUCCAUCAAUCGGCAAGUGACAGCAGUGUUACUUUGACAGGACCCAUCAGAGUAACUUUUAUUCUCCCUUCAUGGAGGGCCUUUAAAACGCUCUCAGUGAGCUGCCAGUGGGAAGAUGUUGUGACAAGCCUUCCUGCCUCUGUACAAAAAGCCUGAUUGUUUUCCGUGUGGUCGCAGCGUGUGUCCGUGGGUCUGUUCGGGGCUCCCGCAGACCUUUUCUCCCAUGCACUCGGAGCUGGAAUCCUGGGUGUAAUUCACCUUUGACCAGGUGGUGGCACUAUAGCCUCACUGUCCUGUCACUGAGGUAUGUGUCACAGGCUGAAAAAUGUACACUGCUUUUAUUUAGAGCAGUUUAGUAGCAUUUUGGGGAGACAAUUAAAUAGAGAAGCCUGCGUACUGGAUGGUUUCUUCCUUAUUGGUUCUUUGGGUGAUGUUUAAAAAUCAGUUGCUCUUCAUUAGAGUACCUGGGCUGACUGUUAAAGGUCAAAAUGCUGCGUUGCCAUGUAAACCAUGCAACUGUGUCACUGCUAGCAGGUCUUGCUUGCUUUCCAAAGGUAACACCUGUAAAUGCUCUCCCUCCAGUGCAAUAUGACUCAACAGGCCGUUCAUCAGUUUUGAAUUCAUGAAUACACUCCAUACUCACUUACUGUAAAUUAAACUGUCAACUAUGUGUACGUGUCUAAUAUGAAAUGUUAAACACUGAACUGUAAUUAUUCAAUUAGACCAUUUUUUUUUCAACUAGCAAAACGUUACGUCUAAUUUCCGCAUGGAUGUCACUUUGUCUUUGUCCGUGUUUAAGUGUAUUAAAUUAAUAAAUUACAUCCUUUUCAAACCAUAA